AGUGUGGGUUAAUUAAGCCGCCACCAUGGCUGAAGCCCAUCAGGCCGUUGCCUUUUCAUUUGCCAUUACCCAUGAGGGUUUUGACAUCAACUACGAUCAAGAGGUUUUAAAUCUUAUCUGGACCUCAGGCUAUAGGUCAUGGAAGAAACGUCUAGCAAGAGCCAGGAAUGGCAUACGCAAUGGUGUCUAUCCAGCCCAUAUACACAGUCUCUGGCUAAUAACAGCCAUUGCGCUGGGUCUGCAUUUUGCUGGUUUUCAAACACCCUUCAAUAUAGUUAAUCGCAUACUAGUACAUUUACCUGCAAACACAAUAAAUUGGCAAGUCACAGCUUGCUUUUUAGCCUCCCUAGUUAUAUGGCUGGGUAUAUGCUUUACAAUGCGCUAUACCCUAAAGCUACUGCUAAUGUACAAGGGUUGGAUGUAUGAAUCUCGAGCGCCGGGUAGUAAAGUGUCAUUGCGUACUCGAUUAUGGGCUGGUGCCGUUAAGGUAUUUUCCAGCUGGAAUAAACCGGGCUUAUAUAGUUUUCAAGGUUCAUUGCCAAGGUUGACACUGCCAUCGGUAAAGGACACUAUGCAGCGUUACUUGCGCUCAGUACGCCCCCUAUUGGAUGAUGAACAAUAUCAGCGCAUGGAACGUUUGGCUAAUGAAUUUGAAAAUACCAUUGGCAAGAAGUUGCAGUGGUAUUUGAUUUUGAAAAGUUGGUGGUCCACCAAUUACGUGUCGGAUUGGUGGGAGGAAUAUGUUUAUCUACGCGGUCGCAGUCCCCUGAUGAUUAACAGUAAUUUCUAUGGUACCGAUGCCAUAUUCAUGGAUUUGACCCACAAUCAAGCUGCCCGGGCUGCCAAUAUUGUCUACUUGUUGUUGAACUUUAGACGUUUGAUUGAGAGACAAGAAUUGCAACCGAUCAUGGUUCAAGGCAUUGUCCCCCUGUGCUCCUGGCAAUAUGAAAGAACCUUUAAUACUGUUCGCGUCCCUGGUUUGGAAACCGAUCGCAUUGUCCAUUACAAAGACUCCAAUCACAUUGUGGUGCUACACAAAGGCUGCUAUUACAAGGUGUUGAUUUACUACAAGGGACGUCUGCUGAGACCCUGUGAAAUUCAAAUACAAAUGGAAGAAAUCCUAAACAGCAAAGCCACCCCACUGCCGGGUGAAGAACAUUUGGCAGCACUGACCGCCUGGAAUCGUUCCAAAUGGGCUGAAGCUCGUAAUACCUAUUUUUCACGUGGCGUCAAUCGUGUCUCCCUGAAUACUGUCGAAUCGGCUGCAUUUGUUGUAUCCCUAGAUGAAGUGCCAUUUGAAUUUGAUUUGAAUCGUCCCGAACUGUUGGAUAACUUUGGUAAAACCCUGCUACAUGGUAAUGGUUACAAUCGUUGGUUCGACAAAAGUUUCACAGUGUGUGUGGGCACUAAUGGCCGUGUUGGUUUCAAUGCUGAACAUACGUGGGCUGAUGCACCGGUUAUGGGUCAUACAUGGGAAUAUAUAUUUGGUGAUGAUAUUUAUGGGUAAAAAAAACAA